UUCAGCAUAUGACCAUUUACAUUUCACUGGACUGUUAGCUAGUUACUUUUCAAACCCUGUUUAUUUUUUACUUCUUUUUGGUUUCUGUGUCAUUACUGAAGUCCUCAAGACUUACAUUUUCAGCAUGAAGGGUAACUGCCAAAAGAAUCUCAGCUCUUUAUUAGGUCUCCUGUUCAUAACAUGCAUUUCUUGUGCAGUAGCUUCUUCAUCUAUCACAUCUACUGCGAAUGAUCAGUGUAAAGCAUUUAAUGAUAAUACCAACCUCUGCCAAUAUAUUUCAAAAUGCUGCAUUAUUGGAAUGGAUGAAAAUGGUUGGAUAGCAGCUGCUGUUGGCUGGGGCCUUUGGUUCCUGACUAUGAUUAUACUCUGCAUUAUCAAAGUUUCCAGUCUUACCCCUGAAGGAUAUGGCAAACAAGUUGAUGCUUGAUCAACGGACUUGAAGCACUACAGUGUCAACUUAAGAGAAGGAGAACUGCCUUGGUCAUUGCAGUCUGGCAGGCUAAACUUGUCUGCAAGCUGCUCUCCUUAAUUAAGUCCUAUAAAACAGUCACAGAUUCUCACCUGGGUUAUCUUUUAUAGCCCUUCUAAAAAAGUGGGUGAACAAUGCUGAAUUAAUAGUAAUAGUAACCAUUUGCCUGGUAUCAGACUAUGAACAUAUAAACCUAAGAGCAAACCUGGAGUCAGAAAGUAUAUUAUUUGUUGUAAAAUUAGUGUCUGCCACCUAUCCACUGCACUUUGAAUGUAUGAGUCACUAAUGUUGAUAUUUUUCAGUCUUCCUUCCUUUCACUCUGUAAUUCCAUGAUAUAAUAUUUCACUCUUCAGAUGACUGCACAAAACAUAUUGCAUUAAAUUUCCAAGAUGUGAAGCAAAAGGCCAGAGGGAGUAACUCAGCUCAUAAGAUGAAGUCAUUGGCUGUGUAUUUCCAUUUGGAAUUAUUUUUGCACAAAUAAUUAAUCAAGGUGUUUUACAUAACAUGUUAGGAUUAUUCCUACAUUCUGCUUUUAUUGUCAGUCUACGUGUAGUCUUCAUAUCUGGACAAAUGCCUCUCCAGUCAUUUGAAAUGUACUGCUUCAAAUAGUUUUUCAUUAUAUCUGUUAUCUUCAUACUGCUCUUCAAUUGGUGUGUAUCGUAUUUUAUUUUUCAUAUGAAGUCACUGCAAUAAAACAGGCUGAUUAUCUUA